CACGAAAAUUGUUCUUGAGAUGGAACGAUGAGAAAUUUAAAUUUUAAAUAAUGUCUAGCAUAUCUCUUAGAUAUUGGUCGUUCUCAGUGUUAUGGCUGUGUUAUUGUUUUAUUUAUUUUACUAGAAAACCUUUAGGAAUUAUUAAAACAGAUCUAGAAAAGGGAUAUGGAUAUGCAAGGGUUACUAUUGGAAUGUUGGAUUCUGCAUUAUUAUUGCCUUAUUCAAUUUUUCAGAUUGUCUUAGGUAAUCUAGGGGACUCGAUCAAUCCCACCAAACUCUUGAUAAUUUGCAUUUUGAGUUCUGGCUUUUCCACACUCUUUAUGGGACCUUUGGAUCAGCUCUAUUCGCUCGUCAUAUUCCUAUUCCUCAAUGGAACUUUUCAGGCCUUCUGUUGGCCUCUCUCCAUCAAGAUAGUGUCUAUUUUGUUCGAAAAUUCUAACAACAAAAAUUUCGUGCUGGGAAUAUUUGGCACGUCGACAUUCGCUGGCGGAACCCUUGGAACUUUUUUAUCCGUUUUCAUUAAAGAUCGUUUAUCCUGGAGAUGGGUAUACCCAAUUCCCUCCGUUCUCAUAAUAGGAAUGGGAUUGUCUUUGCUGCUCUUUUUCAAGUGGCGGAUGAAAAAACUGAUGGAAUCUUUUAAAAUCGCUGAAAUAGGGAAUAAUAUGACCUUGAAGGACUCCCACGAUGCUUUAUCCCCAGUACUUCAUUCACCCGAAAUCAAGAAAUCUUUUUGGGUUCACGCUAAAAAAUCCCUACUUCUUUUCUGGAAUGUUCCGUUGAUCUUACACCUCUCGAUAGCUAUGUUUUGUCUCAAAAUGAUUAGAUACAUCUUUUACAUGUGGUUACCUUUCUUGCUCGAAUAUAAAAACAAUUUUUCUUCGACUAAAGCUGGCAAUAUAUCGGCACUUUUUGAAGUAGGCGGGGUUAUAGGAUCUGUUUUGUUGGGAUUAAUCAUGGACAAAGUAUUUCACAAGACUCAAUUCGUGGGAAUAAUUUAUUUUCUGUUCAUUCACAUCAUAAUGGUCUUCGGUUUCAUCCUUAGCACGGAUCCCUCAUGGCAUUGGUUGAUUAAUUCGUCUUUUCUUUUAUUAGCGGGUGUAAUGAAUGGUGGAGUAGACAACCUACUUUCUUCCUCUGUACCCUUACUCAUAUCUUCCUGCUUUCGAGUCGAAUCUCCUUCCGCGCUGAUAGGUCUCAUCAAUGGAUUUGGUUCGCUUGGAACCUUUUUGGAGGGUCCAUUAGUGGGCCUUGUUCUCGACAUGUCCUCGUCUAAAACUUUUAGAAAUCAUAAAAUUACGAAAUUAUCUGAUUUUGACACUUCUUCACCCUCCCGCGCCACUUUAUCGUCUCAUCUUCUUAAUUCCAUUUUAAACGAAACUUCGUUAUCUCAUUCACCUUUGACGUCUAAAUUCAAUCAGUCUUAUGAUUAUUUAAGCCUAUUUAAUCACUUAAACCAAACGAAUGGAUCAUUUAUAAAUAUUGGUAAAAAUUUGACUGGCGACAUCCAUCAUACGACAAAUAAUUAUAUCGAUUUUACCGGCUUCUUUUAUAUUAUAGGAGUCUUUUCGGUCAUACCGGCACUUGUGAUGCUCGCUGGUUACCUCAGGUAUCGUCACGUUAUCACUACUUAUUGCCGCGAGAAAGACAUCAAUAAUAAUCAAAAUAACCAUAUUUACACUCAGAAUACUCUGGCAGAUCAGACUAGUACUAAUGGCACCAUCGAAAAAGAGGCUAUUGAUUCCAAGAAUAUUACAGUACCCAAUUCUGCCAACAAACAAGGAUACCGUCGUUUGUUGAGCUCUUUUCGAUUUAAGGGAGAAGAUAAAACUAAAUCAAGAGACAAAAGUUAUUUGGACACUAAAUUAUCGGAAGAUAAUACCAAGUUAUUUGAAGUCAAUAUUGACGAUGACAAUUGUGUUAAGCGUAUUAGCAAUGAAGGUGCUUGCCGAAAUGUUAAUUUUGAUAAGGAAGUUAAAGAUGGUGAUGUGAUAAAUAGAAAAAGCCUCAUUUCGGAUUCAAAGUUCGAUUCUGUAACAAAAUCAGACAAUAAUUCGAGUUUUUUAAGCGUGGACGAUUAAUCUUUGCAUUCAUCCCAAACUAACGUAUGUUAAAAUAAAACACGAGUACUCAUUGUAUUGAAGGAAGAAGAUGUAAAUAUCAAUAGUUCACUCAAAUUUAUUUUUUUUAUUUACAAAUGAUUAUGCAAUUACAUACAAAUUAUAUGUUUAGCAAGCACUGCUCAUCAUUUAAGUAAAAAAA